AAUCAAUCAUCCAGACUGUAGGCCUUAUUUCAGCGUUAAAAGUACAGUGAGACCCUGUACCGACCUUCCCAUACCCACAAGGAGCCGCCCAUAUCGAUAAAACGCCCCAUCACCGCUGUUAUCGCCCCAGUUUUGGAACCUGAUUAGUAUUUGCAAUUUGAGACAUCAAUUCCUCGAAAUCAGCAUUUUUUCCACGAAAUCAGCACUUUUUCAUUUUCACUAAGGCAAAGGGCAAAAAAAAAAAAAAUAAGAGAAUAACUUUCAUUCCCAUUUGCAUUCUUUCUCCCCUCCUUUUUUAUUAUUAUUUACCCCAUUUGUAGAGCCCUUCAUUGCACUUAGCUUCUGUUUAUAUGGACCAACAAAUCCUCCAAGCGGUAGAAAUAGCCCUUAGCGGGAAUGCAGACCCUCAGUUGAAACAACAGGCGUUUGAGUUUGUGGAACAGAUCAAGUCCACUGCUGAAGGAUAUCGUUCAUGUGUCGACAUUUUAUCGAAACAGGGCCAUGAUCUCAACGAUCAGUUCAAGUUUUUCAUCUUCCAAGUGAUCGAGGAGAAUGUGGGACGUAUUGGUGCUGCUGAUGAGUUGUACCAGUUGACGGAGACGUUGUUUAAAUUUGUACGAGAAGAUAUUGAACGUCAAGAUUCAACCACGUCGUCCACACUCCCACCAGCGUUUGUCAAGAAUAAGUUGGCCGGACUCCUUGCCACUGUGUUUUGUCAUGUAUACUUGGAAAUCCGUCCUCAAUUUUUGAAAGAAUUGUGGGCACUUGUGGAAAAACUGGGCAGUCAAUCCGCCGCUGAUUAUUAUUUGAGAACUCUCUUGGCCAUUCAUCUGGAAAUCGGUGAUAAAUUCAUCUCAAGAUCAAGAGAAGGUCAGGAUAGAAACGUUCUUUUGAAAGACAAGAUUAGAGUCGAAGACAUGGGGUCCUUAGUCCAAAGUUGGAAGGGGAUCCUUGAACGUGGUGGAGUCACCAACACCACCAACAAAUCACUCACUAAUGACAUUUUGAACCAUACCUUACGAGUCAUUGGACAAUACAUUGAAUGGAUGGAAAUCUCUCUCUUUGUAGACCAUCCUUUCAUCAAUACAAUCUUCCAAUAUCUUUCCAAAUCUGACCAACGUACGGAAACUUGUUCCACCCUCAUUGAAAUCAUCUCCAAGAAAAUGAAACCUUCAAACAAGUUGGAACUCAUUAGUUUACUUAAUCUUACCAAUGUCAUCAAUUCAGUCACUUCCUCGGAUGAUCAAGCCAAUAAUGAUUUGGAAUUCUCAGAAAAUGUCGCUAAACUUCUUAAUCAAGUUGGACUUGAACUCCUCAUUGUACUUGAAUCUGAAGCUAAAUCGCUGACCGCAAACACUGAUAUUGCUGCCAAUGCAAACGCCCAGAUCUUAGCUCUUUGGCCAUUCAUUUUCUCCUUUUUAUCUCAUGAAUACGACGACGUCAGUCAACAAGUGUUCCCAUUUAUUUCUCAAUAUCUUUUGGCCUGUAAGAGAUUCCCCGGGCUUGUUCAAGUUGAGUUACUUUCCACGUUACUCAACAAGAUCAUUCUCAAGAUGAAAUGGGACGAUGAUGCCGAUGGGUUGGUUGAUUCAGAUGAUUUUGAUGAUGAUCAUGAACAAUUUAUGGAUAUUAGACUGAAAUUGAAAGUUUUCCAGGAUACAAUUGCUGUAUUAAACCCGGAAUUGUACUUGGAAAGAGUUCCCUUGGUGAUCAAUGAUUCAUUGUUUAACAAUAAUGGCUCUCCAGCAUGGCAAACCCUUGAAUUGGGUCUUUUGGAACUUUCCAUUUUCGCCGAUUCUCUUCGUAAUAACCUUAUCAACGUCCCCAAGAACCAAAUUGCUUCUUCUGACGCAUACAGAGUGUUCCAAAGCUUCCUUGUCAAGUUGAUUAAUUCUGAUUUCAUCAUCAGUUUUGACCAUCCUAUGAUCCAAUCGGGGUUCUUUGAAUUGGUCGUUAGACAUUAUUCCUUCUUGAGUAAUUAUAAGGGUGAGGGAGACAAGUCAAACAAUGGAGGCUCCACAGAGCAAUCCAACUCAUCAAACGCACAUACCCCUUCACAAUUAACUCUUCGAAUCCUUGAAAUUUUCUCCUCUCCAUUGGGACUUUUCAAUCUGGUGGAAAAAGUUCGUCUUAGAUGUUGGUACUUAUUUUUCAGAUUUGCUAAAUUAACUAGACCAACUUUAACUAACCAUGGGUUCCUUGAACAAUUAUUGACCAAAGUACAACCACUUCUUGCCAUUAAGGCAGUUCUCCCGGCCAAGGAUGAAGAUGAUGAUGUGGUUGAAGGUGGGAACUUCAAUAAUCAAAUGAAUUUGUUUGAAGCAAUCGGACUCAUUGUCUCGUUGAGUGUAGCUGAUACCUCAUCCAAGGCAACCAUGGUUGAUAUGGUGUUUGAACCGUUGUUCAGAGACUUGGAAAGAUGCGUAGGUGCCAACAACACCACUGUAGACCCGGUACAACUCCAAUUGAUCCAGCUUCAGGCACACCAUUCACUCAUGGCCAUUGGUACCUUUGCCAGAGGUUAUGAUUGUGAACCUUCAAGCGUUAAAUACCAACCAGAAGUAAUUGCCAAGAUCAACAACGCCGCUCAAGUGGUGUUGAUCACCUUGGAAACUUUUGCCAAGCUGGAACUUAUUAGAGACUCUUCUCGGUUUGCCUUUGCGCGCUUCAUUCCAAUUCUUGGAUCUGCCUUGACCAACCAUUUAUCCAAACUUGUUUCUCUUAUUUUGGGGGCCCCACUGUUGAAAUAUAGUGAAUUGACUGAUUUCUUGGGAUUUAUUGGACAAAUUGUUCAUAACUUCCAAAAGGAUGAUACCAUUUAUCAAUUACUUAAUGAUUUGGUGCUGCCAUUAUUUGAUAAAACAUUUGCCUUGCUCAAAUAUAACGGAGAAAAUAAUGAAUUUGAUGCCAUUCCUGACAUGGUUCGUGACAAGAACUCAUUGAAGAAGGCAUACAUGAACUUGUUAAGUACCAUCAUUUUGAACCAUCAAGCAAGUUUGUUCAUCACCGAGACAAAUAAACCGAAAUUCCCAGUUGUGGUUGAAUCUUUAUUUGAAAAUGCUUAUGAUUUGACCGACCCUACUGUGUCAAGAUUAGCAGUAAUUCAAUUGGUCAACUUUGUCCUUGUUUUCGGAGGAGCUGGCGGGAAGAUCAGUGAUCCUUUGGAUAAAAUGGGGGUUGCCCUCCCAGCUGUGGAAGGUGUAGAUUCAUAUCUUAUGAAUAAACUGGUUCAACUAUCAUUUGAAUUACCAUUCCAACGUCAAGAAUUUGACAUUAAGGAUGCCCAAUUCAGAAUCAUAGCACAAGAAAUCGCCACCUUAUUGAAGACUUACCAUAAGACUAAAGGUGAUGAAUUCUUGGGAUUCUUAUCGACAUAUUUAACCAAUAUGGGAUUAUCUCAAGAUCACAUGAAUGGAUUUGGAACUGCUUUAGUUAAACUGGAUCAACGAGAAUUUAAGAAGUUUUUCAUUGAAUUUAUCACUGAAUUGAAGGGAAAAUAGAAGAGAUAGUGAGAGACUAUAUAAGAAGGGUAGACAAAGGAGUCACACAACUUAUUGAAUCUUCAGAUUGACCUUCUGUUAUAGAGCUUACCAACAAAGGUGAGCGACAUAAGA